GAUCUUGAACAAGAACCACCCCUUCAAAUUAUGGCCUUGAUCACAAAGCAACAUGUUCAAAUCAGGAGCGAGGUCAUUAUCUGGUUUGACCUUACUUGGUUUCCACAUCUUUUGAAUUCUUGGUGUGGAUUGCACUGCUUUUGUGCCUGACCUUGCAAGCUCCCCUUCAAGGAUACUUAAAAGUGGGCAUUGUCGUUCUCUAUCGCAUCGAGUUUCUAUAUUGGGUAGUUGCUAAAGCAGCAAGCGAUCGAUCUCACGAUCCUGAUAUUCACUUCAUCUCUUUGUCAAAAUCACGAAACACCGGCAACACACCACGAUGAGAAACUUGGAAACUUUGCUGGUGGUCGCAUGUUUUCUUCUUGGGCAAUGGGGCAUUACCAGAACGGUGAAGGCAAAGAGCAAUGUUUAUAUCGUGUACUUUGGAGCGAGGAAGCAAGGCGAUCCCACAGUGGAGACCAAUUCGCAUCAUGACAUGCUUGCAUCAGUGCUUGGGAGCAAGGAAGCGGCCGCCAAAUCGAUCUUGUACAGCUAUAGGCAUGGCUUCUCUGGUUUUGCUGCGAAGCUUACUGAGUCUCAGGCACAAGAACUUGCCGGAUUCCCUGGGGUUGUCCGUGUUAUGCCUAAUACCCUUUUCCGCCUGCAAACUACUCGGAGCUGGGAUUUCCUUGGUCUGUCUCCCUCUCAUUCACCCACCAGUCUCCUUUACAAAAGCAGGAUGGGUGAUGGAGUUAUAGUAGGCAUGAUAGAUACAGGAAUUUGGCCGGAGUCGAAGUCAUUCAGCGAUGAAGGCCUUGGACUGAUCCCGUCGCGGUGGAAAGGUGGUUGCGAACCGGCGGAGCAAUUCGAUCCAGCCAAACACUGCAACAGAAAGAUAAUAGGGGCUCGCUGGUUCGUGGAUGGAUUCCUCGCAGAGUAUGGAAAACCAUUGAAUGCCUCGGGGAUGGAGUUCUUGUCGCCGAGAGACGCAAAUGGACAUGGGACUCACACGUCCAGCACCGCCGUGGGUUCUUUUGUGAGCAAUGUCAGUUACAGAGGAAUUGGGUAUGGAACGGCGAGAGGUGGUGCUCCCCGUGCCCGGCUAGCGGUGUACAAGGUGUGCUGGAAUGUGCUCAACGUACAGUGCUCGUCUGCAGACAUAUUGAAAGCAUUUGACGAGGCAAUUCAUGAUGGAGUGGACGUGCUGUCUGUGUCUAUUGGGACUGCGAUUCCUCUCUUCUCCGAUGUGGAUGACCGAGAUGGCAUUGCUACCGGUGCAUUCCAUGCUGUGGCACAAGGAAUAACUGUAGUUUGUGGAGCCGGCAAUGAUGGACCGGCGGCUCAAACAGUGCAGAACACAGCGCCGUGGAUACUAACUGUCGGAGCAACUUCCAUCGACCGAGCCUUCCGUACUAUCAUAACCCUCGGAAACAACGAAACGUUAGUGGGCCAAGCCAUAUACACAGGAAAGGAAAUCGGUUUUACGACUUUGCUAUAUCCAGGGCACAACCUCGAUCCUACUUCGGCAGGGGUAUGUGAACGUCUCUCCCCUAAUGCAACAUUGAUGGCUGGGAAAGUGGUCCUGUGCUUCACCUCCAUAGCACGUAGGUUUGAGGUAGUACCACUCGCCUCAGCGGCUGUGAAGGCGUCUAGGGGCAUUGGCGUGAUUGUUGCCAAGAACCCUAGUGACGGGUUGGCUCCGUGCAGCGGCGACUUCCCAUGUGUCGAGGUGGAUUACGAGAUUGGAACCCAAAUUCUAGUCUACUUCCGCUCGGCAAGAUUCCCUAAGGUAAAGUUGAGCCCGACAAUAACUGCUGUCGGCAAAGCAGUCCAGGCAAAGGUCGCCUUCUUCUCUUCCAGAGGGCCGAGCUCUAUUUCUCCAGCUGUUCUCAAGCCAGAUGUAGCAGCACCCGGGGUGAACAUACUGGCCGCCACUUCGCCCUUCAGUCCGUCGGAGGACAAUGGAUACAGGAUACUCUCGGGAACUUCUAUGGCCACCCCUCACGUUGCGGCCAUCGUGGCGCUCCUCAAAGCGCUUCACCCGGAUUGGUCGCCGGCGGCAUUUAGAUCAGCCCUUGUGACUAUCGCCUGGAGGACCAACCCGCCGGGUUUUCCCAUAUUUGCCUCAGGAUUUCCUCCGAAACUGGCCGACCCGUUCGACAUGGGAGGCGGCAAUGUGAACCCGAACUCUGCGGCCGAACCAGGCCUAAUCUAUGACAUGGGCACGCCUGACUACAUCCUCUACCUAUGCGCCAUGGGCUACAACGACACCGAGAUCUCUCAUCUGACCGGAAAGCCCGCUCCUUGCCCCGCUAGAAGACCCUCUGUCUCCGAUGUGAACCUCCCCUCCAGAACCAUCCCGAGGCUCACGAGCACUGUCACCGUGACCAGGACCGUCACGAACACCGGAAACCCCGAGUCGAGAUACUGGGCCGUGAUCGAGCCGCCCUCCGGCACCACAGUGACGGUGAGGCCUCACGUCCUGGCGUUCGAUCGGGAAACCAAGAAGGCCGCCUUCAGCGUCACGGUCUGCGCUGCCGCGCCGGUGAACACGGGGUACUACUUCGGAAGCUUGGUUUGGACCGAUGGAGCGCACGCCGUGAGGAGUCCCCUGGCCGUCAGGAUAGUGAAUCAAACUCCAUACCACUCGGCUGAAUAGUAAGGCUCAAGUGGCAUCAUCGUUCGCGCACUGUAAUCCUGACGAAGCAAAUAAAAAAAUCGCGUUCACUUUCGAUCGA